GCAUUGUGAGCUAAUAUUUUUGGCCACGUCCCCGGGCCACGUCGCGCUUUACUCGCCAUUUUCAACCAGCUGAAAGAAAACGCUGAUUACGGUAACGUUAGACAGACAACGCAACAAAAUUGCAACAGCAUAAUCAAGAGAGAGAGACUCAUCUCUUAAAUCUUAAAGCCGCCUUUGUCUGUGGUCACUGAGGGUACCGGCCUCCAUUCAACAGCAGUAUGAAUAUUUUUAGACUUACCGGAGAUCUCUCUCAUUUAGCAGCCAUCAUCAUUCUGCUGCUCAAAAUAUGGAAAACCAGGUCUUGCGCCGGUAUCUCUGGAAAAAGCCAGAUUCUCUUUGCCUUGGUGUUCACCACUCGCUAUCUGGAUCUCCUCACCUCUUUCAUCUCCCUCUAUAACACCUCCAUGAAGGUCAUCUAUAUUGGAUGUUCAUAUGCCACAGUGUACAUGAUCUAUGCCAAGUUCAAAGCCACGUACGAUGGCAACCAUGACACCUUCAGAGUGGAGUUCCUGGUCGUCCCUGUGGGUGGGCUGGCCUUCCUGGUCAACCAUGACUUCUCUCCCCUGGAAAUCCUGUGGACCUUCUCCAUCUAUCUGGAGUCUGUCUCCAUCUUGCCCCAGCUUUUCAUGAUCAGCAAGACUGGAGAGGCUGAGACCAUCACCACCCAUUAUCUGUUCUUCCUGGGCCUGUACCGUGCACUAUACCUCAUUAACUGGAUCUGGCGCUUCUAUUUUGAGGGUUUCUUCGACAUGAUCGCUAUUGUGGCUGGUGUGGUUCAGACAAUCCUGUAUUGUGACUUCUUCUACUUGUAUGUAACAAAAGUACUGAAAGGAAAGAAGCUGAGCCUCCCAGCCUAAGUGCCCAAGACCUGGGGAUUUUGGCAGACUCACAGGGGGGCAUAAGCCAUCGUUGCCACCAAGCAAGAGUAAGAUGCCUGAGACAGGGUGCGAGAGGAAACCACUACUGUUUUUUUGUAUCUCCUGAUAAAAAAUGUCAACAGCUCUAGAACAAAACCGAGGCCAUCCCUUGGUCUCCACAGCCUUCGGUUUCCUGUUUUACGCAUCUUGCCUUACCUUUUUUUAUUACUCUGUAUAAAGUAAAAAAAAAAGUUUUCUACAAAUUUGGUGUACUCUGUACGUUGUUGUCCAGCUUACAGAAAUAAAACUGUAAAUCGCGUAAUGAAAAUUUGGCAAUACAAGUCAUGGGGAUGUUGCUUAAGUAAAUAUUGACAAAAAUGUUUUGAUUGUUUGAAAUUAAAACCAAACAUUCUAUUCGUUUCCCGAUCUUUAAAGGAAUGUUUUAGAACAUCACAGAACCCUCCUGAAUUUUUCAGUGUAACAAUUUGAAGUUUACACAAGCUGGUAUAUUUUUAAUUUUGCCUCUACCCAUUUCUCUUUGUACAUUCCUUGUUAAAUUUGCAGUUCAGGCCAGUUACUAAAGAAAUGUAUCCCAAUUCCAUUCAUUUGCUCAGUUUGGUUUAAAGGACUGACGCUUGUGUAUAUCUGGAAUGUUAUGUAAUGGGAACAUAUCCCAAACUCUCAAAAUGGCACCUUUUCAAUGUAGAGGCUUAAUGUCCCCCUCAAAGAGAUGGCUUAAUCUAAAAAAGUAUUGCCUUAUCUUUUAUGAUUGAGUUCCAUGCUGUACAUAGCUUUGUUCAUUUAUCAUAGUCAGACCCCUUAUGCCAUUACCUAAAAGGAACCUAUCCCCUUUUGAUAUCGCUUGACUUUGUAUCCAGUAUGUUAUUGAUAGUACAUUAUCUGUACCUCUAUUCUAUCAUCUGGAGUCCCAUAAUUUCAGAGUGUGCCGGAAGGGUUUAGGAAAUGUCGUGCCGCUGCUUGUUUAGCAGCAGAUGACGACGACGAGGAAGAAUCACCCAGAGAUCAGCUCCUGAAAUACGUAUGCAGUAAUUCUUUAUCGCUGAGAUUAAACAUUAAACAAUGCCCAUAGAAUUGUCUACACGAUGUGCAUAUUGUUGGGCUCACAACCUUAUUUUUUAAUCUUAUGUAUGAUGUUCUGGGCAUUGUUGUGUCAAAUUAAACUCAGUGUAGUUUUGGUCCUUUACUUUUUCUUUAGUUUAUACAAAGCGUUUGCUUCCUUUGUGCUCUUUCAGAUCAUUCCUGUAGGGAUUUUUGUUUUAAAUCUUUUUUCUUUUUUUUCUUUUUUUUUUUACUGAGCUUUUGCAUGAUGUGACCCUGUGAUACCACCUCCAAUAAAGAUUUUAUGGGAAACA